AUGAAAGGAUUGCCGCGUGUCAAUGGCCAGCCGUCAGUUUCUACCGUUCACGAAUAUACAAAUGGUUCACUUCGGUACCGGCUUCGAACCAACAAGCUCAAGGUAGCGACCAUGCAGGCCGGGCCGACCGCCGACAAGAUAGUCAGGCGGUUCCACUUAGCAGUCGAAGUCGUGGAAACUCUCAGCCACUCGGCAAUUCUAGAGCAUGUCUGGACCACAGGUGUUGUUGAUUCUGCGCAGACCUUGGAGAAGGUCAGGAAGAGAAUCGAUGCGGUUCCAGACGAGGACGGAAUUGCUGUGAUUGAUCGAAGUGGUGUCACAGCGUCAGAACUCUCCAUAGACUUGACCGACCCCUUCAGCGCGAGCAUAUUUUCGAUACCAGCCCGCGGCUCAGCAUGCACUCACAUGGAAUGUUUCGACCUCGAGACGUGGCUGAACACCCGCCCAAUCAAGCAAGCGACUUGUCACCAACAUGCUCUUACUUGCCCGAAACGUCUCGAGCCUUCGGAUCCCGACAAGUGGAAAUGCCCCAUCUGUUUUGCAGAUGCCAGGCCAAGGAGUCUUCGCAUCGACAGCUUUUUGCUUAGUGUGCGAAGACAACUGGAGGAGCAAAACAAACUGGACACGAAGUCCAUACUUGUUGCAGCUGACGGCACAUGGCGGCCCGUUAUCGAGCCAGUUGACGACGAGGAUGCUGGCAGUGAUGGUGACGGCCCCAUUUCGAAGGGUCCGGUCGCGACCUUGCGCAAGCGACCAAGCAAAUCAAGCUCGGUCGAGAGGGCGCCGGUAGAGGUCAUCGAGCUCGACUAG